UUGCAUAAACUCUUAUAAAUCAUCGUUGUGUAAGAUUAAUAAUACGAUCAGUCUAAGUUCAUAUUGUUAAGUUCAUAUUGUGUUUAUCAAGAAUCCUAUUAAAGAAAAGUGAAAGCACUUUUUGUGUAUUAUAAUAGAGAAGUAUAAAAUCUAUGUUUACUAGUUAGGCUUCUUCCUAUAGAGAAUAAAAGUCAAUAGUACAAAUAUUUGUUUAAUAUGCGUUUGCUACUAUCAUUAUUAGUUAUAUUACAUAUCACAAGCUUUAGUAUAGCAUGGCGCAACUUCAUGAGAGGCCGAAAUAGAAAUGGUAAUUUAGGAGAACCAGUUUUAUCAUCUAAAAAUUAUAAUCUUCCCAAAGAACAAUGGUUUUCACAGCUUUUAGAUCAUUUUAAUCCAAUAGAUAUCCGUGUUUGGAAGCAGAGAUACUUUGUUAAUUCUGAUUAUUACAAACCAAAUGGGCCCAUAUUUUUGAUGAUUGGGGCUGAAGGUGAAGUAAAUCCUAAAUGGCUAAUAGAAGGCAUGUGGAUCGAUUAUGCCAAAGAGCUUGGUGCAAUGUGUUUUCACCUGGAGCAUCGUUUCUAUGGAAAAAGUCAUCCUACUGUGGAUCUCAGUGUAAAGAACUUGGUGUAUCUAAAUUCAGAACAAGCCCUAGCAGACUUGGCAUACUUUAUUCAAGCUGUUAAUAUUGGCUACAAGUUUCCAAAUGACACAAAAUGGAUUGUAUUCGGGGGCUCAUAUGGUGGUUCUCUGGCUGCUUGGAUGCGUGCUAAAUAUCCUCACUUGGUGUAUGGUGCAGUAUCAGCAAGUGGACCAUUAUUGGCAUUGAUUGAUUUCCAAGAAUAUUAUGUUGUUGUGGAAGAUGCUCUGAAGCAACAUUCACAACAGUGCGUCGACGCAGUUGCAGAUGCCAACAUGCAGUUCCAUAUAAUGUUGCAUCACCGCAAUAGUCAAAAGCAAUUAACGGAAAAGUUCAGAUUGUGUGACCCGAUUGAUCCUGGACAUACCAAGACAACUGACAUCGCCAAUUUGUACGAUUCAUUGGCGAGCAACAUUGCUAACAUUGUACAGUACAACAAAGACAAUCGCCAGGAUUCUGGAACAGUUAACAUCACUAUUGAUACCAUAUGCGAUAUAUUAGUAGAUAAUAAAUUAGAAAAACCGAUUGAUAGACUCGCUUACGUAAACAGUAUGGUAUUAAACGCUACCAAGGAAAAGUGUUUGGAUUAUAGAUAUAGUAACAUGAUUCAUUUACUUCGAAAUAUCAGUUGGACAAGUGAGCAAAUGGAUGGAGGACGUCAGUGGGUAUAUCAGACUUGUACAGAGUUCGGGUUCUUCCAGACUUCAACUGCGCGGCCUAAAUUAUUCAGUGAAAUGUUCCCGGUUGACUUCUAUAUACAACAAUGCAUCGAUAUCUUUGGACCUAGAUAUAACUUGGAUUUGUUGAAAUCCUCCAUUGCUCGGACCAACAUUUUGUAUGGUGCUUUGAAUCUACAAGUGACGAAUGUAGUAUUUGCGCAUGGUUCCGUGGAUCCUUGGCAUGUGCUGGGCAUCACGCAAUCCUCCAACUCACAAGCACCCGCCAUCUAUAUCCCUGGCACUGCACAUUGCGCGGUCUUGUAUCCUUCAACGGAAAAAGAUCUGCCUCAGUUAAAACAGGCUAGAAUACUGAUAAAGGACUUGAUCAAGCAAUGGCUCAAGAAUUGA